CAAAUAUGAAAUGUUUCAGGUCAUCGCCUUACGUGGAAAUCGUAUCACAGAAUGUCGGAUAUUCACGGAUUCCUAGAUUACACGGCCGAGACAUAUCCAGAUCUUUGCACCAUACAAACGAUUGGCAAUUCAGUCCAAGGAAAACCUAUCAAAGUCCUGAAAAUUUCCAACGGCAAUAGAUCCAACAAAGCUGUUUGGAUCGACGGCGGCAUCCAUGCCAGGGAAUGGAUUACUUCCGCCGUGGUCACCUACAUCAUCAACCACGUGGUCUUGAAUUUCGAAAACGAACCCCAGUACAUGCAGAACGUCGACUGGUUCAUAGCGCCCCUGCUGAACCCAGAUGGUUACGAGUACUCCCAUACGGUGGACAGAUUGUGGAGAAAAAACAGAGCGAGGUCCGGACAAUGUGCAGGAACCGACCUGAACAGGAAUUUCGGAUAUCGUUGGGGAGGACAAGGCUCCUCGAAAAAUCCCUGCACUGAAACCUACGGGGGGUCGGGUCCGUUUUCCGAACCAGAAACAAGAGCAGUCCAACAAUUCAUCACAGGAAAUCCGGCAAAAUGGCGAGCCUACAUUUCAUUCCACUCGUAUGGGCAGUACAUCCUCUACCCUUGGGGUUACAGCAAGGCGGUGCCUCCAGACUACAAGGAUCUGGAAAUGGUCGCGAAGCAGGCAGCCGCAGCAAUUCGAAACGUCGGGGGACCUUCAUACACCACUGGCCCAGCGGGUAACACUCUUUAUCCCGCUGCUGGAGGAUCGGACGAUUGGGCAAAGGGGGUCGUGAAGAUGAAAUACGCAUAUACGUUCGAACUCAGGGAUAACGGCAGGUAA